AUGAAACCCCCAACCCCCUUCCCCCUCGCCCUCAACAUCGGCACCGACAUCGUCCACCUCCCCCGCAUCGCCCGCCUCCUCACCCGCCAGAACGGCACCUACCUCGCCCGCUUCACCCGCCGCAUCCUGCACCCCCGCGAACACGCCGACUUCCGCGCGCGCUUCCAGCUGUCCCCCUCCCUGGUACCUCUACAUGUACACAAUCCCCAGCCCCAAGCAAAACCCCAACCCCAUCCCCAUCCUUCAUCUUCGCUACCCCCCGUGACGAUCACCCCGGACAUGACCCGCUGGCUCGCGGGGCGGUUCGCCGCCAAGGAGGCCGCGCGGAAGGCGGCGCCGCGGGGCGCCGCGCAGCUCGGGUGGAAGGAGGUGGUUGUGCGGGUGAGUGAGGUCGAUGAGGGGCGGCCGGAGGUGGUGUUUCUGGAUGGGUUGGGGGGCGAUGGGGAUGGGCAGAAAGGUGAGGGUGGGGGUGGUGGCAGGGUGGGCAAGUUGUCGAUUUCGCAUGAUGGGGAGUAUGUGGUUGCGAUGGUUUUGGCGGCGGGAUGAGGUUUUUUUAUGGCGGGGGGGGGUUGGUUAAAGCGUUUGGGUGUUUUGGGUGCACGGAGUAUUGUUAUGGUUUAUGGGGGUGGAGGGUUUUAUGGGUAAUGGCUAUUGCAAGACGGGGGUAUGCUGUGGCUUGUGGGUUAGAUGUGCUGUGCUGUGCUGGACUGUGAUGGACUGGGGGUUAGGUUAAAGGUAUCAGGAUGGGGUGGUUGAGGUUGAAGAUGAGGGAGGGCUGGGUUGUCGCUGUCUAUAAGAUAAGGCACGGUAUUAGGUUCUUGCUCUUGGAGCUUCAGGCGAGGCGAUAAUCAUCGAGAUGGAUGAUGAGAGCAACGAAUACAUGUUUAUGCUAUUGAACCCCUGUAUAGCUAGUCAUAUGAUAUGCGAUAGGAAUUUUUACCUAGGCUAGCCCGUGAGAGUGAGGUAGACAGGAAGUAACAGCGUGCUCCGGG